AUGGGCUUCCUCAGCAAGGUGGUCAGCAUCGGUCGCAAGGUCUGGAAAUCUGUCGCGGGAGCAGCCAUGAGGGUCCGAGACUGGGUUCUCCAGCACCCACGGGAGACAACCGCCAUUGUCCUCGCUGUCAUCAUUGGGAUCGUUAUCGUUAUUGCAACUCCACAUAUUCUGAGUGCCGUCGGCUUCACAGUUGGUGGAGUUGCUGCCGGCUCCGUUGCAGCUAGUAUACAAUCAGGUAUCGGGCUUGUUACUGCUGGCAGCACUUUUGCGAUCCUGCAGAGUGCUGGUGCGGGUGGUACAGGCCUAGCGGUCGUUUACGCUAUCACCGCUGUGGUCACUGCCGCCGGUGCCGUUGUCGCUAGUCUCUGGUCUAAAUUUCGCCCUUGA